UCUUCUUUCCAUCUCUGAGCCCAACUUCUUGUUAUUGCAUUGACUUAGUUGUAGCUCUUGGAGCUACGCCCUAUCGACAGCAUGCCAGGCGCAGGCUUAGUCGCUCAGCUAUCCCCGGUGGCUCCGGCCGCCCGGUCUGUCCGUCUCAAGCAGACCACGGACGUCAGUCUCCUGACUGCCUUUGGCGAGGAGCAGUGGAUCAACGCUGCCAACCUUGCCAGGCAGCGGCACAAGGCUACCAAGGACCCCUACUUUCUGCUUGGUCUCUCAGUGGCAUAGUCCGUCUGGCUCGAGUCCAUCGUUGGGCCCUUAGUCAACAUGCUCUAGUUGCUAAGAUAUGCAUUAUGGCGAUGGCGUCAGAACUAGAAACAU